AACCGAAGUUUAGUUUUGCUUAAGACAACCUAAGUUGCAUCGUUCUUGUCCCCCGACCCGGUCCUUUCGCGGUCGACAGGGAUGAUUAUGAUUCUCGGAAUCGGUUUCGGAAGAUAUUUCGCGCCUACAAGUGACCAUGCGUUAUGCCGUAUCUAACCGACAUUUUGAACAUAACAAUAAGUAAAAUUUCCAACGUCAAAGACACAAUCCUCAACGUCAUGAACCGCGACAGCCCUUCAUCAGACACAUUGGAUUUGAGCUCGCAUCGUUCGUACUGUCUUCAUAAUAAUAAUAAUUCAAUCGGUAGCCACGCCACAUCCGGACAUCCGCAGGAAAUCGUGAUGAAAGAAAAAAGCAAGAACGCCGCGCGAUCGCGCCGAGAGAAAGAGAAUACGGAAUUUCAGGAGCUAGCGAAGCUGCUACCUCUUCCAGCCGCCAUUACGACACAACUGGAUAAGGCCAGCGUCAUCAGACUCACGACUAGUUAUCUUAAAAUGAGAGCUGUUUUCCCUCAUGGUCUCGGAGACGAAUGGGGCGCUGCACCGCCGCCCAACAAUCCUUUAGAGGCAGCUAUCAAGGAAUUAGGUUCUCAUCUUUUACAAACACUGGAUGGGUUUAUAUUCGUCGUGGCGCCUGAUGGAAAAAUUAUGUACAUUAGCGAGACAGCUAGCGUGCACUUAGGUUUGUCCCAGGUGGAAUUAACAGGAAAUAGUAUAUUCGAGUAUAUUUAUCCGGAUGAUCGCAACGAGAUGAUUUCCGUGCUGAAUCUUCCGCAGAGCCCCGCGGAGCUCGCGGGUUUCACAUUUCCACCACCGAAUUCGCGAGGCGAGAUCGAGCUGGAACGUGCCUUUCUCCUCAGAAUGAAAUGCAUUCUGGCGAAAAGAAAUGCGGGUCUUGUCACGGAAGGAUACAAGGUCAUACAUUGUUCCGGUUAUUUAAAGUGUAUCGUGGAGCUACCCAUCGGAUCUGAAUACGAGGACGGUAUUAGUCGUUGUGUCCGUAAUGUCGGUCUAUUGGCGGUUGGCCAUUCGUUGCCGACAAGUUCUAUAACUGAAAUCAAAUUGCACCACAACAUGUUCAUGUUCCGGGCAUCGCUCGAUUUGAAGCUCAUAUUUCUCGAUGCACGGGUAGCGCAAUUAACAGGAUAUGACCCGCCGGAUCUCAUAGAGAAGACAUUGUACCAUUACGUUCAUGGUUGCGACGUCUUGCAAUUACGACAUGCUCAUCAUAUUUUAUUGCGCAAAGGUCAAGUGACGACGAGAUACUACAGGUUUCUGACCAAGACCGGUGGCUGGGUAUGGAUGCAGUCAUACGUGACCAUUGUGCAUAAUUCAAGAAGUUCGCGACCGCACUGUAUCGUCUCCGUAAACUAUGUGUUGACGGCCACCGAAAGUACCGGUCUCAUCCUGAAUUGCGAGCAAAAGUCGUCGUGUUCGAGUCCCGGAAAUCCGCCGAGCGCUCCCGUUUCAACACCUACGAUUGGCACGAAUGAUUUGGACAAUCACAGUCCGAGUCCGCCUUCUUAUCGUAGUAGAACCAAGGAACCACCCGACACCGAUUAUGCCGAUAGCUCUGGCUAUCCGAAUUCGGAAUAUAUGACGGGUUCGACGAAUCAUAAUCAUUACCUGUCGUCAUCGCCGUACGCGUCCCACAUCAACGGUGCAACUCACGAGGACAGCGCUUACUAUAGUCCGGAUUUAUUCUAUCAAUAUAGUGAUCUCCACCAAGAUCCCGUAAACACCCUGCAACACCAACAAGAGACGCAUCAUCAGCAUCUUUUGCAUCACGCCACCUCCUUGACUAUUCAACAACAGAGUCCGCAGAAUAACCAGCAAAAACGACAGCAUCCUCAGCAUCUGCUACAUCAGGCAAACCCUCUGACAUCUCUUGAACAGCAACAACAACAUAGUCCUCAAAGUGGCCAACAGAAACGACCUUAUUCAACGUCCUCGAGUUCUUGCGGUAGUACCGAUGGUUUGGAUGUGCACUUGACGAAUUCUCUGCUACCAUCUGGAUAUCAUUCAUCGCAUCAUCAUCAUCACAUACCACCGGAUUCGACGUCGUCGACGACAUUAAACGAAGCAGGUGGCGUCAUCAUGUACCCGAACUGUGGUUUCAAUAAUAACGAAAGCUACAACACGCUUCAACAUCACGAAGGCUACCAGCAAAAUCAUUCUUGUAGUCAGCCUCACCACAGCAAUGGCAAUGCAACGGUAAAACAUCCUCAUCAGCAUCACCUCGAGACAUCAUCGACCGGCUACACCAGUGUCAUUGUCGAUUCCCAACAGUAUAGUCCUAGCACUGUUUCUCAGGAUUUACACGCGCAUCAAACAGCACCAGUCAGUGGUGGUACGCCACCUUUGCACCAUCAGGCUCAUUAUGAGACGCACCAUCAGUUUGUUCACUGACAUCAAUUUGAGGUGCCUUGCACGUAGCACUUCGACGCCGCUUGCGACGAUGGC